CAACACGGCUGCGCGAGCGGGGCGUGCCCCGGAAGCAGUUCUUUGGCCUGUGACACGUAGCAACGGGUGCCUCUUCAGGGUCCCAAGCGGAGUUCGGGCGAUUAUCUGGCGCCGCGGGAGCUUCUGCCGCCGCCUGGGCGUUUGAUCGUUUGCAAUGUCAGGCUUUGAUAACUUAAACACGGAUUUCUACCAGACAAGUUACAGCAUCGACGACCAGUCACAGCAGUCCUAUGAUUAUGGAGGAAGUGGAGGACCCUAUAACAAACAGUAUGCUGGCUAUGACUAUUCGCAACAAGGUCGCUAUGUCCCUCCAGAAAUGAUACAGCCACAACAGCCAUACACCGGGCAGAUUUUCCAGCCAACUCAGACCUUUACUCCGACCACACCGCAGCCGUUCUAUGGAAACAGCUUUGAGGAUGAGCCGCCUUUAUUGGAAGAAUUAGGUAUCAAUUUUGACCACAUCUGGCAAAAAACACUAACAGUGUUACAUCCAUUAAAAGUAGCAGAUGGCAGCAUCAUGAAUGAGACUGAUUUGGCAGGACCCAUGGUUUUUUGCCUUGCCUUUGGAGCCACAUUAUUACUGGCUGGCAAAAUCCAGUUUGGCUAUGUAUAUGGGAUCAGUGCAAUUGGAUGUCUAGGAAUGUUUUGUUUAUUAAACUUAAUGAGUAUGACGGGUGUUUCAUUUGGUUGUGUGGCAAGUGUCCUUGGAUAUUGUCUUCUUCCCAUGAUCCUGCUUUCCAGCUUUGCAGUGAUAUUUUCUUUGCAAGGAAUGGUAGGAAUCAUUCUCACUGCUGGAAUUAUUGGAUGGUGUAGUUUUUCUGCUUCCAAAAUUUUUAUUUCUGCAUUAGCCAUGGAAGGACAGCAACUUCUAGUAGCAUAUCCAUGUGCUUUGUUAUACGGAGUCUUUGCCCUAAUUUCUGUUUUUUGAACUGAAUUUAUCUGGAAUGUGGACAUCAUUGGGCCAAAUACACAAAAAGGACUUCGAACUCUUAAACCGGACCAGCAAACUGCUACAGUGGAACUCUCACGCAGGUCUAACAUUUAACUAUUGAAGCAGUGGAUGUAAACAUGGAUCUUUUGUUCAUUUUUAUAGAACUUUGGAAUACUAGACUGGAUUUACCUGCAGAGUGAUUAGCUUUAAGUGUUUGUGCUUAUACAAAUAAGAAGUGCUAUUUCUUCCCUGUUCCUGCAGCCUUUGAAAAACAACUUUUUUCCUUAAAUUAUAUUAUGGUGUUUUUGAUAGAAUUUUUAUCAACUGUGGGAAACUAACCACAGAGCUGAUAAUCUUUUUUAGAAACAACCCAGUCAUAGUAAAGAAGAUACAAGACUUACUGCAAAAUAUUUUUCCAAAUAAUUAGGAAAGAAAAAUCACCUGUAUUCUCAAGUUGGAUGCACUUCAAGCAAAGAACUAAUCGCAAUAUAGAGUUCAUGAGUUUGCACUUCAAAAAUUUGACAUUCCUUUCAGUUAUCUCAUGGAAGUUUUGCUAAAAUUCAACGAUAUGGAAGUUCAGAGUCUGCCUUAUUGUAGACGUGCAAUGUAACCACCUGUUUAGAUAUUAGCAUUAACUAGACCAUAGUGACGUAGACUGGCCACAGUAAUGCUUAUAGUUGGAUCUCCAUGUUUCCCAGGAAAAAGAAAAUCGCUAACCUUUUUUGAAAAAAAUAUUUAAAAUGUCACAGUUUCAGUAUUGCAGUUAUCAAUGUAAAGUGCAUUUGAUGCUUAUUAAAAUUUUCCCAAUGAAUUUUAA